GACACACACACACACGGUGCUCGGCUCCACCUCGCGCGGCGGGUGUGUGAAGAAGAUCCAGCCCGUUAUUUCAAGGUUAUCUCCUGCAGGAACCUCACUGUUCGGAUCCUAUGGGAAUUCUGAUAACCGCAGUUUUUCUUUGGGCUGCCGUCGGAGUGGGAAGCCGGCCAGUAACCUCACCGCUUAAUGAUGCAAAGGUUGAAUGUAUUAUUCAGGAGACUCUGAACGAAGACGGGUCUCAACAUGAGUGCGGCCCACAGCUAGCAGAGGAACUUGAUGAAGUGCAAAGACAUCAGGGUCUGCUCAGGGAGCUGCAGAAGCUGGCUGGUGAUGAGAGAGAAAGGGAGCAAGAUGACGAGAGGGAGCGAUAUGAAUACAACGGGACUGAUGAUGAGAGCAACUUCGAACAGAGGGAUGAGGAGGCGAAGGACGAGAGAGACCUGCUCAACAUUACAAAAAAGACAGAGGAAAAGAAAGAAGACGAGACAGAAGGAGAUGACACCAAGGAUAAGAUAAUGGAGGAGCCACGGAUCGAAGACAGAGGGAGGGACAAUGAAGAGGAGAGAGCCAAGGAGCUUGAAGAGCUGCUAGCUGAAGAGAUCACCAAGAAAGGGAAGGAGGAGAAGAAUGAUGACGAGCUCAAAGAACUGCUGAAAGAACUGAAGAAGAAACGCUACGAGGCGGUGAAAGAGAGGGAGAUCCACAAAGGCCCUGGUACAGAGCAGAUGGAACAGGUGGAGGAAAAGAAGGAAAAGGGGGACAAAGAGAGGGAGGGAGAAACAGAGGAGGACUUGGUGAGGCAGAGGAUGGAGGAGAGGAGGAAAAAUGAGGUGGAGCUGAUGGUGGAGAAGGAGAAGGUGGAGAAGGAGCUAAAGGAGCUGCUCAAAGAGGAGGACAGCAAGAGCAAGCCAGAGCAGGAGAGGGAGAGGAGGGAGAAGCAGGAGGAGCUGGAAGAACUCGAGAGGAAGAUGAAACGGGUGCAGGAGCAGGAGACGCAGGGCGGGAGUAAAGAGGACGGCUUGGACGACAGGACAGUGGAGGAGGAGAGCGAGAAGAAGGAGGGCGAAGAAGAAAAGGAGCGUGGUGUCAAAACAGAGAAUGAAGUCAAGAAGAGGGAGGAGGCAGCGGAGGUGAAGGAGCCGCAGCAGAAGAGAGUGAUGGAGAAAGCGAGUGAUGAAGCCACACAGCAGUUUGAGCGGGAGAGGUACAAGGAUGAGGAAGAGGAGGACGAUGAGGAUGAGGAUGAAUACGUCAGAGAGGAUGAGGAGGGGCAGGAGGAGGAAGAUGACGAGGAGGGUGACGCCGAAGAAGAUGAAGGGGAGGAGCUGCUGGAGAUUGAAGCAGAGUUGCGCAAAGUCGCUGCAGAGCUGAGUGUGCUUCGCAGAGGAUAAGACACACAAGCACACGCACACAGCAGACUGACAAAACCCUUUGUUGCAUUCACAGUCACACAUUCAGCUCACACUUUCCAUUUAACAGCCUUCAAAUCCCCACAGCACUCAGAGAAAUGUCUUCAGAUGUGAAUCUGUAAAUGAACAUUAGUAGAAACUGUACAUACGGUUGGUUCAUUUCUGCUUUUAGAUUGCCUGGAAAAGGCUGUCACCAUUUUCUCAAUGCUCAUUCGAACGCGCCUGAUUGUUGAGGAAAAAAAGAGACGGAUUUUUCUAGAGAAUCUGAAAGAUCUUUGUGUCCAUCUCCACUCGAGUCCCUGUCUCAGUACCUGUAAAUGCUGUUUGUAAGGUAGACAGGUGAUUUCACCUUAGUUGUAAACGGCCAUGGAUGCAAAGCAUUCAGCACUUUUAUUCAAAUGUUAAUUUUGACUGCAGAUUGCCAAGCACACAAACACCAUCAUCUUUGAAAUCUGAGUCAUGAAUAUUGGCAAGCAGUGCUUCUUUUCUUUGAAGGUAUCAUCCUUGAUGGUGUGUUCUUGGUGGGAAAAACAGAUUCCCUACUAUAAGUAAUAUGUGUAUUUCAAUAUAUAUUUUGUGCAAUAACUGAUAACUAUGUGUAACCUGCUGUUCUGACUGUUAACAAUAUGCAUUACUGAUAUUUCUAUACAGGAGUAAGUCAUUAUUUAUGAUAAAGUAGAAACAAGGGUUGUGUUUCAUUUGGCUCAUGCACUGUUAAAACCAGACUGUUUGUGACGAACCAGGGUGACACGAACAAAACACAGAGGAAAUUGAUUAGCGCUGAAAUUCUGCACGCCAACACAUGUGUCAGAUGUUAAAGUUUGUCUUGAGCGUGGUUAGCGUGUGGCCACAGGACGUGAUGUCCUUAGAGCUUACAAGGUCUAAAAGUGUCACUUCAGGUUCUCAGCCAGCUUUGCACUCUUAUCUAAACAAGCCAAGGAGGAGUCGAGGGAAGAGGGAGACACUAAAGCCAUUUUGUUGAUAAAUGCUCAGUAGUGUUACAUCAGUUUUCAUGGCUGUCAUGUCAUUUGUGUAAAUAUCAGAUAUGGUCUGUAGGCCAAGGUCAUAGGAAAUAUGAAGCAACACCGCCCCCAAGAGGACACUGGGUAGAAAUGCACACGUGCAAGAUUAACAGGGUUACCAUUGGAGGCCCACUUACUGCAAUAACACAAUAUAGACUACAGCACAUGUGAAUGCAAUAAUUAGCCAAAUGAUUAAUUAUUUCAUGUAUUUAAAUAUGUAAUCAAAAUGCAUCAUAUAGUACUCAUAUAGCAGAUAUAAUCUCUCUUUUUCUACACAGCCAAGAUUUACAAUACAUUUAAGUAUUUGAACACUGGCAAAGUCGGUCACAAGCCGGUCACCUUGUGUAAACACGUAGUAAUAACACACAUGAUCAGUCAACACUGAUGAGCUCAUUGCUGUCUAUUCCAAAGAUGAGACGUUUGUUCACUUGAGAAUAAAUGAAAAAUUAAUGUACUGUAGUUUUCUUUUUCUAUAGAAGUGCAAAAUGUUUCCACAAAAUGUAUCUUACAAACCAGCAAGAAAGAUGUAGGAAAUGUCUGUGGGGGGUGGGGUGACAUAAGGGCAUUGAGGACAUUUUAAACAACAGGGGGAAAAAUUAUAACAAAAACACCAUUUGUAAUAUUACUGGCCAAUCAGAGUGCUGUAUUUUGUGCCUGCUGUAUCUUCUUCUAUGCUACCUGUCAAUCAAUAAACAGAAAGUGUAUUAAACCA